AUGCGCCGCUCUUCGACGGCCGCUCUGCGGUCUCCCACCGUCGCCAUCCUUGGCGCCGGCAUCACAGGCCUCACGGCCGCCGCAUUUCUCCGCAAGCAAGGCAUAGAGGACUUCACCGUCUUCGAGGAGAAUGGCGAUGGCGUCGGCGGCACCUGGCGAGACCAUGACUACCCAGGAGCCGGGACAGACACCGAGGUCCCGUCGUACCUGCCAACCUUUCUCCCACGCCCCAACUUCCACUCGCAGUUUGCACGGCGAGACGAGAUCCUAUCCUACUGUGAGAUGGUGGCAGCAGAGUACGUCGGGCUCGAGAAGUUCCGAUUCGGCUGCCGAGUCAUCGCCCUCCGCUUCGGCGGCGACGAGUGGACCCUCGACACGAGCCAGGGCCGAUUCCACGCAGUUUUCAUCAUCUUCUGCACAGCCUCCAUCUCGGCCAAGUUUGUGAGGCGCCCGAACGGCAUCGCCAACGAGGCGAGCUUUGGCGGCGUGAUCCGCCACUCGUCGGAGUGCGGCAGCGACCUGGCCGAGUACAAAGGCAAGCGUAUCCUCAUCGUCGGCUGCGGCGCGACGGCGGUUCAGCUCGCACCCACCGUCGCGCCCGUCGCCCGCUCCGUCACCGUGCUGCGGCGGACGAUGCCGUACAUGACGGUGCGUUCAAAGGUGGCUCUGCCGCAGCGAGCCUGGCUCUACACGCUCUGGCGGUGGGUGUACGAGCUGCGGAACGACUUCAUCACCCUGCUCGACGGCGCUCGGUGCAUCGAGUUCGUGCUGCGGUGGUGGGUGUGGCUUCGGGACUACAUGCUCCGCGCGCCUCUCCCUGCCGCGUGCCAGCCCAGCCCGGGGCAGCCGGUGCAGUGCACGCGGCGCGCGUUCGACUACCUUGGCUUCCGGUCUGCGGUGAUCGAUGGCCGCAUCUCGGUGGUCGACGGCCAGGCCGACCCGCUGCGCGCCUACACGCCCGACGGCGUCGUCCUCGCCUCUGGCCGUGAACUGCGCGCGGACCUCGUCGUGCUGGCGACCGGCUACGAGAUCGGCAAGGUCGACAUCUCCUUCUAUGUGGAGGGUGCACUUCGCGAUCAGGCCGAGGCGUCGCGCUUCCCCAACUUCUUCUACCCGCUCGCGGGCGCGCCGCUCUUCACCAUCCCGCCCCGCGUCUGCGAGGACAACAUGCUGUACUUUGUGCGCGUCCUCCGCUCUUACUCCGCUCAUCCCGUCCUCUUCUUCCCGCCCGAGGACCAGCCGAGCUUUCGGAAGGACUACAGCAUCCUCUUCAGCCCGCACUGCUCGUCGCGGCGCUACCUCCUCCACGACCGCAAAGAUGCGCCGCGCUACCGGACCGACGACCUCCAGGUGCAGGGCAUCCCCGUCCCGCGCGCCUUCGCGCGCUGGGUCCUCUGGUGGCAGCGCCCGCGGGAGUGGCGCCCGAAGGGCGCAGGCGAGGAGGAGGGCGACGCGGCAAUCACCGCGGGGCCUUCUUCGAACGCCGCCAUGCAGUGCUUGGCGAUGUGCGACGGCUUCUGGAACCGCUGCAGCGGCGUCUCUUGGCGGCAGAUGGAAAUGGUCUGA